GUGUCUUUGAACGCAGCGCCACAAUCCAGAUUCUCCAUCUUCCUCCAACUGGGCAAAGGGACCAACCUGCGUCUUCCAGCCGCUGCAACUUCACAUUCCCGGCUCAAAUACACUCCACCAGUACAGACUUAAAGGACCACAACCAUGACGGACUCCAAAUAUUUCACAACGAACAAAAAAGGGGAGAUCUUUGAACUGAAGGCAGAGCUGAACAAUGAGAAGAAGGAGAAGAGAAAAGAGGCAGUGAAGAAGGUCAUUGCAGCCAUGACUGUUGGCAAGGAUGUCAGUUCCUUGUUUCCAGAUGUGGUGAACUGCAUGCAGACUGACAACCUGGAGCUCAAGAAGUUGGUUUACCUCUACUUAAUGAACUAUGCCAAGAGUCAACCUGACAUGGCCAUCAUGGCUGUCAACAGCUUUGUCAAGGACUGCGAGGACCCCAACCCUCUCAUCCGAGCUCUGGCCGUCCGCACCAUGGGCUGCAUCCGGGUGGAUAAAAUCACUGAGUACCUGUGUGAGCCUCUGAGGAAAUGCUUGAAGGACGAGGACCCUUAUGUGAGGAAGACGGCAGCUGUGUGUGUGGCAAAACUUCAUGACAUCAAUGCCCAGAUGGUGGAGGACCAGGGCUUCCUCGACUCUCUGAGAGAUCUCAUUGCUGACUCAAAUCCCAUGGUUGUGGCCAACGCAGUUGCUGCCCUGUCAGAGAUCAGUGAGUCUCACCCCAACAGCAACCUGCUGGAUCUCAAUCCUCAGAACAUCAACAAGCUCUUGACGGCCCUCAAUGAAUGCACAGAGUGGGGACAGAUCUUCAUCCUGGACUGCCUGUCCAACUAUAACCCCAAGGAUGAGCGUGAGGCCCAAAGCAUCUGUGAGCGUGUAACUCCCCGGCUGUCUCACGCAAACUCAGCCGUGGUGCUGUCAGCUGUCAAGGUGCUGAUGAAAUUCUUAGAGCUGCUGCCCAAGGACUCCGACUACUACAACACCUUGCUGAAGAAGCUGUCCCCACCACUGGUCACCUUGCUCUCCGGAGAGCCGGAGGUCCAGUAUGUGGCUCUGAGGAACAUCAACCUCAUUGUCCAGAAAAGGCCUGAGAUCCUGAAGCAGGAGAUAAAGGUGUUCUUUGUCAAAUACAACGACCCUAUCUAUGUGAAACUGGAGAAACUGGACAUCAUGAUCCGCUUGGCCUCUCAGGCCAACAUCGCCCAGGUUCUGGCUGAACUGAAGGAAUACGCCACAGAAGUGGAUGUUGACUUUGUGCGCAAGGCUGUAAGAGCCAUCGGACGCUGUGCCAUCAAAGUAGAGCAAUCAGCGGAGCGCUGUGUCAGCACCCUGCUCGACCUGAUCCAGACCAAAGUCAACUACGUGGUUCAGGAGGCGAUUGUGGUCAUCAGAGACAUCUUUCGCAAGUACCCCAACAAGUAUGAAAGCAUCAUUGCUACACUUUGUGAGAACCUGGAUUCUCUGGACGAGCCUGACGCUCGUGCUGCCAUGAUCUGGAUCGUUGGCGAGUAUGCAGAGAGGAUCGACAACGCUGACGAGUUGCUAGAGAGCUUCCUCGAGGGUUUCCAUGAUGAGAGCACUCAGGUCCAGCUCACUCUGCUGACUGCCAUUGUGAAGCUGUUCCUUAAGAAGCCGUCAGAGACCCAGGAGUUGGUGCAGCAGGUCCUCAGUCUGGCUACUCAGGACUCUGACAACCCUGACCUGCGCGACAGGGGCUACAUUUAUUGGCGCCUUCUGUCCACUGAUCCCGUGACCGCUAAGGAGGUAGUAUUGUCAGAAAAGCCCCUGAUCUCUGAGGAGACAGACCUGAUUGAGCCCACCCUGCUGGAUGAGCUCAUCUGCCACAUCGGCUCUCUGGCAUCUGUCUAUCACAAACCACCCAGCGCCUUUGUGGAGGGCAGCCACGGAAUCCACCGGAAACACCUUCCUGUCCAGCACAGCAGCAUUGACACAGGUGAGAGCCCAGUGAGUGGUGGCCCGGCAGCCGCCAUGGACCAGCCACAUGUGAUCCCCAGCCAGGGUGACCUGCUGGGUGACCUGCUCAACCUGGACCUGGGCCCUCCAGUCAAUGUGCCCCAAGUGUCCUCCAUGCAAAUGGGUGCAGUGGACCUUCUGGGAGGAGGCCUGGACAGCUUGCUGGGGGGAGACCUGGGCGGAGGUGUUGGGGGAAGUCCAGCAGUGGGACAGAACUUCAUCCCCUCGUCUGUCCCCAGCACUUUUGCUCCUUCACCUACACCAGCACCCCCAGCCGUCAGCAGCGGCCUCAACGACUUGUUUGAGCUUUCCACAGGCAUGGCCAACACCACCGGUGGCCACAUUGCUGCAAAAGCAGUGUGGCUGCCUGCAGUGAAAGCCAAGGGACUGGAGAUCUCUGGAACCUUCUCUCGCCGCCAGGGCCACAUGUACAUGGACAUGACCUUCACAAACAAGGCCCUGCAACACAUGACCGACUUCGCUGUCCAGUUCAACAAGAACAGUUUUGGCGUCAUCCCCACCACUCCUCUUGCCGUCCACACUCCUCUGAUGCCCAGCCAGAGCAUUGAGGUCUCUUUGCCUCUUAAUACCAUCGGACCAGUCAUGAAGAUGGACCCACUCAAUAAUCUGCAGGUGGCUGUGAAGAACAACAUAGAUGUCUUCUACUUCAGUGUACUCAUCCCUCUCUACGUGUUCUUUGUGGAGGAUGGAAAAAUGGAGCGACAGGUGUUCCUUGCUACCUGGAAAGACAUCCCUAAUGAGAAUGAGCUACAAUAUCAGAUAAAGGAUUGUCACCUAAAUGCAGACACAGUGUCAGGGAAACUGCAGAACAACAACAUCUACACCAUUGCCAAGAGAAACGUAGAAGGCCAGGACAUGCUGUACCAGUCCCUCAAGCUGACCAAUGGCAUCUGGAUCCUGGCUGAGCUCCGCAUUCAGCCUGGAAACCCCAACUACACGCUGUCUCUCAAGUGUCGGGCACCCGAGGUUUCUCAGUACGUCUACCAGAUGUAUGACUCUGUGCUGAAGAAUUGACCAGCUCCAUCAUUUAGCCACUCUGCUUCCUCCUGACAGUAAACAGCAGUGUUUUAUCAUAUUUUCUCACCUGCAGCUAACUGCCAAAACAAGGGAAGCCAAACAGAUAAUGACAUGUACAUUUGGAAUAUUUUCCUUUGAGACACUCAACAAGGCAAAUUUCCCCAUGCUGUGGUUCUGUAUAAUGAACUGAGGUUAAUCAUACUGUUGUUUCCCUUAUUUUGGCAGCUGAAAUCAUUAAUGAAUUCUCUUAGAUCAACUCCCCAUUUCAGUUUUUACCUCACAGUGGAAAAUUUGACGACCAUUCCAUCCUUAACUUAGUGUCUUAAUGUUGUGACUGAUGGUGAAAAAAAAAUCUCCCGUUUCCACAAAGCCAAUGUUUUGAUUUUACCUUGUUUGCUGCAGCUUCUUUUGCUUUUGAUUUAUUUUUGAUACUGGCUUUGCUUCAGUUGUGCCCACAUAUUAAUAUCAGUGUUGAUUUCUUUCCCUCUUGCCUUUAAUGUGCAAGGUCUGAGACCAGUAAUAAUCAAUUACUUAUUAUACAUUAACAUUGAGCAGCAUUUGUAUUGCAGUUUCUCCUGUCAUCACUUCAACACAGCUACAUGUAGGUAAUGAAAUUACUUGCAGUUUUUGCAGCAUUUCAAUUAAAACAUUUUAACAUUUAGCUCCACUGAGUCCACACACAUUGAUCAUUUGAGAUCUUUCUAUAAGUUUUUGCCGUCUUUUGCGAUAUGUAUAUCGCACACGUUGAUAUCAUGAUACAUUUUCGAUAUAUCCUGCAGCCCUAAUUCAGACCAUAGAUUACGUACUUAGCCAAGCACUUUACUGCUGCUUCCCACCUGUGAAUUACUCUGUGUUGUUCACAUGAAUAUGUAUCAUUCAUCUAUUAACAGUGAUGUUUUGUGGUUAAUCUGGCAGAGUGGGGGCAGGUAGUGUUGCAGGUGGUAAAACAGAAGCAGGUUCACAGGCAGGUUCACAGAGGUCUUAAUCACAAAGCUCUCUGUCCAUCUCCACCUAUCCUGAAACCUCUCUAAAACACAAGUUUUAAACUGCAUGAAGAAGUCAUGUUUGAAAAUAUUUAAUACAUUCAGGAUAGUGAGUGUAUCUGCAGGCUGUAGAACAGACUAAAAAGUAGCAAACAUUAAAUUUGUUCGUUUAAAUUCCUGGACAAAAUUGCUCGAAUGCCGUUAUUUUCAUCAUGUACGUCUUCCCUUACUAGUAAGGAACCACUACGCAAACCACAUCAGCUAUUGAUUAUUUGAUCACACACCAAUGCCACUCCAUUUUAAGAACAUUUGCGCAUUAUGUUCAAAUAUAUUUUCUUUUUUGUAAGAGCCCUGUUUACUGCAACCACAUAGUUGUACACGGCUUUAUACACCUAUAUUGUCAUUCCUAUUUAUUGUGCAUCUACCUCUGCGUUAAUGUUGCAGUUGCUUCAGAUCUGUAAUGUGCUUUAAAUGUUUUCAUUGUUUCUUUUGAUGCCAGGGUUGUUUGUUAUCUUUCUGUUGUCAAGCCAGUCUAUACCUGUGGCGAGUCGGCCAAACCAGUCUUACUGGACCAAGCAUUCAUGCAAGUUAAAAUGCCAAGUUCAUGUUUUACUUCCCUAGUCUUAGUAUAAUUUUCGAAUAUCAGCAGUUUGUGGGCUAUAGAACCUUAAAGUGCAUACAAACUAAGACCUAGUUGCCCAAGUGCAGUGUAGUCCAGUGAUGGUGUAGGUAAUGUAGAUGAUCAAUUUUAAUGUUUUGGUAUUUCCAUGAAAAUGAAAUUAAGCCUCGCCUCUAUCUAUUCAACAGAAAGUCUUUUAUUCUGAAAAUCAGUUGUGUUGGUGGCGCUAUUUUCAUACCUAAUAAUAUAAAAAUAAUAUGUUUAUGUACCUGCAUGAGCUCACUGUCCAUUUUAUCUUUUCAUUUAGGAUGUGGGUUUGCUUCAUUUAAAAAAAAAAAAAUGAU